AUGCAUUCCAAAGUUGUAAUUAUUGGUUCUGGUCCUGCUGGGCAUACCGCCGCUCUUUAUUUGUCUCGAGCAACUCUAGAGCCGGUUAUGUUUGAGGGAUUCCUUGCGAAUGGCUUUGCUCCCGGUGGUCAACUUACUACGACCACUGAAGUGGAAAAUUAUCCUGGUUUUCCUGAUGGAAUAAUGGGUUCAGAGAUGAUGGAUAAAUUUCGACAACAAAGUAUUAGGUUUGGCACAAAAAUAUAUACAGAAACUAUAUCAAAAAUUGAUACUUCUACACGUCCGUUUAAGCUUUGGCGUGAAAAUAAAGAAGAUAAUGAUCCAGAUACUGCUGAUGCGCUCAUUAUUGCUACUGGUGCUGCUGCAAAAAGGCUAAAUCUUCCUGGUGAAGACCAAUAUUGGCAGAAAGGUAUCUCUGCAUGUGCAGUUUGUGAUGGUGCUUUACCUAUUUUCCGCAAAAAACCUCUUGCGGUAGUCGGUGGUGGUGAUUCUGCCGCUGAAGAAUCCAUGUUUCUUACAAAAUAUGCGACUCACGUUUAUGUAUUGGUCCGCAGAGAUAAACUUCGUGCAUCAAAAGUUAUGGCAAAUCGUUUACUCAACAAUCCAAAAAUUACUGUAUUAUGGAAUACCGUUCCUAUCGAAUGUAAAGGUAAUGGGGAACUACUUGAUAAAUUGGUGACCAAGGAUACCAAAACUGGUGAAAUUAAGGAACUACCUGUAAAUGGUUUAUUCUAUGCUAUUGGUCAUGCACCAGCUACCGAUUUAGUUAAAGGAAAAUUAGAUUUAGAUGAAGAUGGUUAUAUUCUUACCAAACCAGAUAGUACCUGCACGAACAUAGAAGGUGUUUUCGCUGCAGGUGAUGUAAAAGAUAAGAAAUAUAGGCAGGCUAUUACAAGUGCUGGAUCUGGAUGUAUGGCUGCAUUGGAAUGCGAACGUUGGCUGAGCGAACAUUUUGCUGAAUAA